AUGUACAGCGACAAUAGAACAUCAUUUUUUGGUGCUUCGAAAGGUAUUGCUAGAGCUUAUGAGCGCUGGAAAGCAAGUGAUAUAUUUUCUGAGCUAAUGCUGAAGGGGACUGAAUGGCAUUUUAUGACCCCAGCUACACCACAUCAAAGUGGUAUUUACGAUGCGGCCCUAAAGUCAAAGAAACACUAUUUUACCCGUGUUAUAGGGCAAAAGUGUCUGGAAUAUGAGCAAUUUCGAACGCUCCUAGCGCAGAUAGAAGAAAUCUUGAACUCGUGCCCGCUAUAUCCAUUGAACGAUGAUCCUUUGGACGUGCAAGUCCUAACGUUGGGCUAUUUUCUGGUAGGUGAACCGCUGGUUCUCCCUCCUCCAUUCGAUAUAGCGCCAAAACCAGGCACCAAAGGGAUGAUGUGA